ACCUCCUCCAGCGAUGGAGGACAAGCCACAUAAGCCGCAUAGGGCGCCCCAGUCAGGCUCGAAGGCGGAGAAAAAGGACAAGGGGAAGGGGAAGGAGAAACAGCAUGGGUUCAAUGAAAAGGCUUUCGCUCCUAAAUCCGGGCGGCGGGCUGAUCGACAAGGUCGUCGUAACGUCGAGCGAGAGCAAACACGUCUCCAUGUCCCCCUCGUCAACCGUACUCCCGACCACGAGCCUCCUCCCGUGAUUGUUGCUAUCGUGGGACCGCCUGGGGUCGGCAAGACCACUCUGUUGAAAAGUCUUGUGCGGCGCUAUACCAAGCAGACACUCCAUGAUGCAAAGGGUCCCAUAACGGUCGUUAGCGGGAAGAAGAGGCGUCUGACGUUCAUCGAAUGCAACAACGACCUGAACAGCAUGAUCGACAUAGGCAAAGUUGCGGACCUCGUUCUCCUCAUGAUCGACGGGUCUUUCGGGUUCGAAAUGGAAAUCUUCGAGUUCUUGAACGUCCUGCAAUCGCACGGAUUCCCAAAGGUCAUAGGAAUUCUCUCUCACCUCGAUCUCAUCAAGAAGGCGGCGACGUUGAAGGACACUAAAAAGGCUCUCAAGAAACGAUUCUGGACGGAGAUCUACCAAGGCGCCAAGCUAUUCUAUCUCUCAGGCGUCCUCAACGGCCGAUAUCCCGACAGCGAGAUCCUCAAUCUCUCGCGCUUCAUCAGUGUGAUGAAGUUCCGUCCUCUCGUCUUCCGAAAUAGCCAUCCAUAUCUUCUGGCAGACCGUAUCGAAGACCUCACACCGCGAGAACAGAUCCGGCAGAGCGGGGGCAAGUGCGACCGUGUUGUCACUGUCUACGGAUACGUGCGCGGCACCAAUCUGCGCGCAGGAACCAAAGUCCAUAUCCCCGGUGUGGGCGACCUAGACAUGAAGAGCAUCACCAUCCUUGGCGACCCGUGUCCGCUGCCCGACGUCGACUCGGAGAAGCGCCGCAAGUUGAGCGAAAAGAAGAAGCUGCUUAUCCAUGCGCCGAUGAGCGACGUGGGCGGUAUGAUGUACGACAAAGACGCGGUGUGGAUCAAUGUCCCGGGCAGUUUCACGCGAGGGAACGCAGACGUCACGCAGGGAGAGGGAGAGCAGAUGGUCAUGGACCUCCAGGAUGCGAGAGCGACGUUGGAAGACAGCGUUGCUCAAAGCCAUAUCCGACUCUUUGGAUCGUCCUCCAAGCAUCUCACGGUGGACGAAGACGACCGGAGCGAUGAAGAGGACGGCCGCCCCAGCGACGAGGAUGACGAAGAUGACGAAGACGAAGACGAGAGCGACUCGGAGGAAGAUGACGAUGAUUUGAGCGCCGGCGAGGACGAGGGCGAGGACUUGAUGGAUAUUGGGGACAACAGCGGCCGGGCGUCCCGUCGAGAUGUUACUCGCACGGUCCCAGUCGCCGGGAGCUCAAAGGGCAGGACAGCGGACAUCGAAUAUGCGGACAGCGAUUCGGAUCUGGGUGACGAAGAUGAGGAGGAAGAAAGACGUUUGGAUUUCGGCGACGAGGAGCAGAUGCAUUUGCCCAGCGAGGAAGAGGAAGACGGGGAGGAGGAUGUUCCAAGGUGGAAAAUGAACCUGGCUGAAAGAGCCCAGGCGACAGCGGGAAAGUCUCGUCGACGGAAAGACUGGAUCAAGCUGAUCUAUGCGAGUGAUCUCACCCCCGAACAAGUGCUGAGCGGGAAGGACGAGACAGAAAACGACACGCCUGAAAACGACGAAGAAGACGAAGAGUUCUUCCGCAUCAAACCGAGGACGGGGGGUGAAGUGGAACAGACUGAUUCCAGCAAGCAAGCGUGGACAGACGAAGAACUCCGGCGCUGGGAGGAUGAAGACUUGCUCGAUUCGAUCCGGCAUCUCUUCAUCACCGGUCCGGUCGAGGGUGAAGGUGGUAACGAGGAGUACGAGGAUGCUGAUGGCGAUGGGGAUUUCGAAGAUCUGGAGGCAGACACCCCGAAAGCGGCCGACACCGAAGCAUCUAAGGCUGCUGCUCUCGCUGCGAAGAAGGAGGAACUCAAACGCAAGUUCGACGAGCAGUACGAUGAUCCGGAAGCUUCCAAGAUGGAUUUCUACACAGAAAAGAAGGACGAAAUGUCCAGGCAACUGCAGCUGAAUAUCGACGAGUUCAAGGAUGUCCCGGCGGAAACAAGGGCCCUUGUGGAGGGCCAUCGACCCGGUGCCUAUGUGCGCAUCGAAUUGAUAGACGUGCCGUGCGAGAUGAUCGAGAACUUUGACCCUAUGUUCCCUCUUGUUGUUGGUGGCCUGCUCCCUGCGGAGGAGCGAUUCGGUUUCGUCCAAGUCCGGAUCAAGCGACAUCGCUGGUUCGUGAAGACUUUGAAGACCAAUGACCCAUUGAUAUUCUCGCUGGGCUGGCGGCGGUUCCAGACGGUGCCCAUCUACUCUCUGGAUGACCAUUCGAUCCGGAUGCGGAUGCUUAAGUACACGCCCGAGCACAUGCACUGUUAUGCCACCUUCUAUGGCCCUGUGUCGCUGCCAAACACGGGCUUCUGUGCCUUCAAUUCGAUGGACAGCAACACCCCAGGGUUCCGGGUCUCGGCCACUGGCGUCGUUCUGGACAUUGAUCGCUCCGCAAAGAUCGUCAAAAAGAUCAAGCUGACGGGUGUUCCGUACAAAAUCUUCAAGAACACGGCAUUUGUGAAGGACAUGUUUAAUUCUGCACUUGAGGUGGCCAAGUUCGAGGGCGCCAACAUCAGAACAGUGUCUGGUAUCCGCGGUCAAGUCAAGAAAGGCCUUUCAAAACCUGAUGGAGCAUUCCGAGCCACAUUUGAGGACAAGGUGCUGAUGAGUGACAUCAUAUUUCUGCGGGCCUGGUACUCGAUCCAGCCACGCAAGUUCUAUAAUCCUGUCACGUCUCUCCUCUUGUCGGACAAGUCACAUUGGACAGGAAUGCGGCUCACCGGUCAGGUCCGCCGUGAUGAAGGGAUCAAGACACCGCUGAACGUGAACUCGACGUACAAAGCAAUCGAUCGCCCGCAGCGGCGGUUCAACCCGCUCAUUGUACCGAAGAAGCUGCAGGCCAGCCUACCGUACGCGUCGAAACCGCGAAUGAUGAAGCCGCAAAAACAGCAGACAUACCUACAGAAACGAGCUGUUGUGAUGGAGCCCGAAGAACGCAAGGCUGUCGCCCUCUUGCAGCAAAUUCGCGCUCUGCGAAAGGACCAGGUGGCCCGCCGGAGAGACAAGAAGAACGAGAAGAGGGUCGCUCAUCAGAAAAAGGUUGAGAAGGAGGAUGAAAAGAGGACCGAAAAGGUCAAAGAACGGAAAAAGGAAGUUAUGCGGGCAACUGGAAAGAAGAGUAAGCGAGAAUCAGACAUGGAAGAGGGUAGAGGAGCAAAGCGCAGGAAGACGUGAUGAUUUCGUACCAUCUGGCAGUGCAUCGCCCCUUCAGACCUCUCUUGUACCAUGAUCUGCAUGCAAUUACUCCGAUCCUCCCCAUCGUAGCAAAGAGGAAAGAGGGUAUCUGUAUAUACAUAUAAAGAUGUUACAUAACGAGGUCAACGAUAGAUAGUGAUACAUAGUCAUGUUUGAGCGACCAUUUCGUUUCACGGUCGCAGAGCUUUGAUUUCUGCCUCCACAGUACGCGAUCGCUCGGACCGUUCCCGCUGCAACGGUAUGAUCUGAAAGCGGUCAGGAUAUAUAGCAGCCCGAAUCUACAACAAACCUGAUCGAGCUCCCCUGUGACUGCUAAU